CACACGACACAUCAUAUUUGUUUUGCUUGUUUCUUUUGUGCCCCACUUACUUUUGCUGAACCCCAUUCCCCCCUUCACAAAAAAAACCUCAAUUAAGCUCUGAACAAAUGGUACUGCAACAAAUCAAAAUGCUCCUGCUGGGCAUCAUUACGCUGUUCCGGCGAGCCCUUUGCUGCUUUUCGCGUCGCCGCAAGCUCAGCCACGGCGGCGCAGACCAGCUUCAAGCCGUUACGAUUGGCGACUUCCCGGCAACAGCUAAGCCGGCGAUGUCGGGCGCCAGCAGCAAGGAGCGCGACUGGAACUCGUGGGACGACAGUCCACGCACCGUCGAGGAGCACAUUGAACAGUAUCGCCAGCGCAUGGCCCAGCCGCCCACACCGCCCAAAGAGGAGCCCGAACCGGAUUUCUUCAGUGAGUUGACGCCGGUGAUCAAGCCGCAGCUUAAAUACUAUCUGGACGAUGCGGCGCCGACGCCAGCGCCCACAGACUUUUCAAGACUGAAGGCACAGGACAUUGUGCCGAUUAGUGUUAAUGCCGAUCUCGAGGACUGGGUGGACGACAAUGCCGGCGGCUGGGAGGAGCUGGACACCUCACAAACAAAACAGAUCAUCCGGGACAAGCGCCGCGAGCUGCGACAUCAACGCCAGCCGCCGCCCAAAGCACCGCAGCCUAGCAUCGGCGCUCAGCGGAUCAGCGAUGUUCAACGCAUCGCGUAGUUUUUGGUAGCCAACUGACAUCCGCUGACAUCUGCUGCUCUAUGAUCCAUUCCAUGAUCCAUUCGCAAUUUAUUCAUCUGCUUCUGCACAGACCCAGAAGACAGACUUUUAGUUACCAAUUGGCCUUAGUUUAAUGAACCCCAUCUGAACAUUUUUCGCCAUGGUUGGGCACAAUAAAGCGCCAGCCACGAAUCUAUGCCU